AUGUUCAUUCUUCCCACCCAUCUCAAGCCGGAAGAGCUUCACGAGAUUGAGGAUCAGGUCUUCGGCCUAGAGGGCCCAUUGACGUACGACCCCAAAGAAGCCAAGAUCUUUCUCGGCCGCAUCACGCAGAAGAAGCGCGCCGCUUUUGACUUGCGCGCCAGGGGGAUCUGGACCGUCGAGGCCCCGAUGCCCAGCCUGGGCCCCAGCCCCAGCCACGGCCACGGUUCACAUGGGCGCGAGCAGGAGCAGGAGCAGGAGCACGACCAGGCUCGAGACGAAGGACCGGCGCGAAAGAGGCUCAAGGUCGGGCACGGUGACCGCAACCGCGACAGAAGGGCCAAACUUGAAGCCGAUUCCACGUGUGGACGGAGGAGCCGCAGUAGUCCGAGUCCGAGUCCGAGCCCGAGCCCGGGCGGUGCCAACUCUGCUUUACCUUCACUCACUCCUGCACCUGAAUCUCUUUGGCACGGCCUCACCGACCAUGUUUUGGUGCUCAAGCUCUCCUGGCUCGAGACGUGCCUCAAACAACAACGGCUGGCGGCGUACGAACCCUACAUCAUCUACGCCGCAAAGGUCAUUCCCCCACCGGCGGGAGAGGAUACUCCGCAACCGCUGCAGGAUCCAAUCACAUACAUCCGAGCAACGCCCGGGACUGGCUCGUCUGCUUCUCUGGCACAGAGGAAGCCGAAGCCGACCGUGACGACGUCGAUUCUCGACCGCGCGAAAGCCGAAGCGUCGAGUCUCUCUUUGCCAGCUGGCUCCUACCCAGGGCGCCGGCGCUAUGGAGACCAUAACCGAGAAUCCGGGUCUCCUACAAUUCGGAAGGCCGCUCCACCAAAGCUGCUGCGGACAACGACUUCCGAAUUCGAGGACCUGGCAGCGCAUCCCUUGCCACCUCUCCCGGAAUGGGCGCAGGGCCCGCAUGCGGCGUACUCGUGCUGCCGGUCGACGCCGAUGGCCAGCCCCAACUCGGCGUUCAUCGCGCAGCUGGCCAAAAUCCGAGACGGGCGGAUCUUGACGCUGGACGACAUCGGCGUGCGCGCGUACUCGACGUCGAUAGCCAGCAUCGCAGCGUAUCCGCCCGCGAUCCGGCACCCGGAAGAGAUUAAUCGGCUGCCCGGGUGCAACGAGAAGAUCGCGAUGCUGUGGAGCGAAUGGUUCCAUUCGGCCGACGAGGAGUCGGACCGGUCGAUCCAGGCGGUGCAGGACCUGGACAACGACGUCGACCUCCAGCACCUCCGGCUGUUCUGGAACAUCUGGGGCGUGGGGCCCGAGACGGCGCGCAAGUUCUACUUUGAGCACGGCUGGCAGGACCUGGACGACGUGGUCGAGUUCGGUUGGUCGACGCUGACCCGCGUGCAGCAGAUCGGGGUCAAAUACUACGACGAGUUCCAGGACAAGAUCCCGCGCGCCGAGGUCGAACAGAUCGGCGCCGUCAUCCACCACCAUGCCCGCAGCGUGCUGAAAAUCCAACCCGCGCAGUACGGCAGCGUCGAGGACGUCGAGUGCAUCAUUGUCGGCGGCUACCGGCGCGGCAAGCAGGCGUCGGGCGACGUCGACGUCGUGCUCAGCCACCGCGACGAGACCAAGACCCAUCAUCUGGUCGGCCAUAUCGUGCGCAGUCUCGAGCUCGAGGGCUGGAUCACCCACACCCUCACCCUGCACACCACCACCAGCGACCGCGCCCAGGCCACGCUGCCGUUCCGCGCCGAGCGCCGAGGCCACGGCUUCGACAGCCUCGACAAGGCCCUGUGCGUGUGGCAGAAUCCGCACUUCGAUACUGCCCCAGCUGGUGCCGACGUCGACGGUUUUCUUGCUGUUGAAGAGAGAGGAAGAGGAGGAGGAGGAGGAGCGGGGGGAGGUGGUGGCGAUGGAAAAGAAGAAGCAGAACCAACCCCAAAGGACCAGCCGGCCCGAAACCCCAACAUCCACCGCCGCGUCGACAUCAUCAUCUCCUCCUGGCGCACCGUCGGCUGCGCCGUGCUCGGCUGGAGCGGCGGCACCACCUUCCAGCGCGACCUGCGCCGCUUCGUGGCCAAGACUCGCGGCUGGAAGUUCGACAGCUCCGGCGUCCGCGACCGCGGCAACGGCAUGGUUCUGGACCUGGAGAGCCCGACGAGACGAAGCGAUGCGAAUGUGAAUGAGAAUGCGAAUACGAAUGCGAAUGCGUAUGCGCAUGCCAAUGUCGUCAGCAACGACCACGACCACGACCGAGACCGAGACCGCUUCUCCUUUUCCGACUCGAUGCUUCAAGCCCAAGCCGAAGCCGAAGCCCAACUCGAUUCCCGCCUCGACGACGCCGAUACAUGGCACGACCGUGAGCGAAGGCUGAUGGACAGUCUGGGCAUCGGGUACCGGCCUCCUGGAGAGAGAUGCACAGGCUGA